AUGUCAUUAAACUGCAAGAUAGAGAAACUAACACAGGAGCUGAAGGACAAAGAUAAGACUAUAGAACAACUUGAAGGAAUUAUAAAUAAUGUAAAAUGUAAGACAGUCGUUACUGAUCGGUACGUGCAGACGGACCGAAGUAGUAAAAACAGUAUCCAUGUACAGACUCAAGCAGUCACAUCAAAUAGCACACAAACUCAGACACAACUAACACCGACACAAAACCAACCUAAAAGGGAUAAAAAUCACCUAAACUAUAUCACAGCAAAUCCUAUAGAAGCAAAUACUACAGAAGACGAGAGGUGUAAGCUAUUAAUCCUCGCAGAUGAGCAAGGGCGGAAUCUGAUACAUAUACUUCGAAGAGUUCUUCCUUUGGAUCAGUUUGCUGUUACAUCGAUGUCACAUCCCAAUUCCCAACUGAACAAUAUUAUGAAAGAUGUACGAAAUUUAACAACUAAUUUCACGAAGUCCGACUAUGUACUCAUCAUGGGCGGUUCUAAUGAUGCGCUGACAAAAGGUUUCAUUCAAUGUGAACCUCUCAGAGAAAUUUUAAAAGUACUGAAAGCUACCAACGUAAUAAUAGCUGCAGUACCGCAAUGGAGAGGUCAUAGGCCCGUUUUAAAUAACAUUAUAAGAGAUAUAAAUAACCAGCUGCACCGAAUUUGUGCACAAAACGGAGUUCAACUUCUUAAUCUAAACCCAAAUCUACAUCACUACUACAGGGAGAGGUCCAAUGUACUGAAUAAUAAGGGUAAACGCAUCAUUUGCAAUAACAUAAAACUGUUGCUAAGCACAAAGAGACCAAGUGAAUCUUCCAUAGAAAGUGAAAUUCAGAACGGAACAAGAACACAUAGGGAUAUAGGGACUGUAGAAAAUGCUUCAUCCAGCGGUAUACAUACUAUGGUCCGCGUGGAGUACUACGUCAAUGAGAAUACCUUUAAGGAACGACUGCAACUCUAUUUUAUCAAAAAUCAAAGAUCUAGUAAGUAACAUACUCUAAUAUUACAAAUUAUUUAUCUAACGGCAGUGAGAAAUGUAACAUAGGAGUAUCAUGGAUCGACAAACGUAC